CUUGUCUUGGAUGCUAUAAAAGAUUAGUAUUUGACUUACCUGCCUAAGCUAAUAACAAUAACAUGUUUAUUAUGUUAGUUGCUUCUCGUGUCACCUACACUCACACAUCCUCGUCGUCUUCAUCUUCGUUGCAACAAAGAAAUCAAAACCACAACGAAAAGGGAGCGUCGUUUUAAUGAAUGCCAUUUGAUUUUCAGCUUUGACCCUCCCAACAACAACUACAAUCACCACCUUAACUGUUCCCGCACCUAAUACCAUCGUGUUCUUCGUAAUUCCAUUAAAUAUCAACUGCAAUAAUUUUUGUUCGUUUUCUAUUCCCAACAACAAUCGACGACGUUGUUCGUUCCACAUAGCUAGGGUUUCCGCCAAUGCCGCCGGAUUCCUCCGAGCUAGACCUCGACGAUCCUGACAUCGAGUUUGUUGAGGUUGAUCCCACGGGUCGCUAUGGUCGGUACAAGGAAGUUUUAGGGAAAGGGGCUUUCAAGAAAGUAUAUCGAGCGUUUGAUGAGUUGGAAGGGAUUGAAGUGGCGUGGAAUCAGGUUAAGGUGGCGGAUCUGUUGCGUAACUCUGAAGAUUUGGAGCGACUUUAUUCAGAAGUUCAUUUGCUCAAGACUUUGAAGCAUAAGAAUAUAAUUAAGUUUUACAAUUCAUGGGUUGACACCAAGAAUGAGAACAUCAACUUCAUUACUGAAAUUUUCACCUCUGGAACGUUGCGCCAAUACCGGAAGAAACAUAAGCACGUUGAUUUGAGAGCUGUGAAGAAAUGGUCUAGGCAGAUUUUGGAAGGCCUUUUAUAUCUUCACAGUCACAAUCCACCGGUUAUUCACCGAGACCUUAAGUGCGAUAACAUUUUUGUCAAUGGGAAUCAAGGGGAGGUGAAAAUUGGUGAUUUAGGAUUGGCGGCUAUCCUUCAACAGGCCAAUUCAGCUCACAGUGUCAUAGGUACCCCUGAGUUCAUGGCCCCAGAACUUUAUGAAGAGGAAUACAAUGAGCUUGUUGACAUCUAUGCUUUUGGCAUGUGCUUGCUAGAGUUGGUAACUGUUGAGUACCCAUAUAUUGAAUGUACCAAUGCUGCUCAAAUAUACAAGAAAGUGACAUCUGGAAUAAAGCCAGCGUCAUUGGCAAAGGUGGCGGAUCUUGAAGUUAAAGCAUUUAUUGAAAAGUGUAUUGCUGAUGUAUCGGAACGGUUGUCUGCAAAAGACCUCCUGAUGGAUCCCUUCCUUCAGUCAGAUAAUGAUAAUGAUAGUGUAGGUCAAUCUUCAAGAUCUCAAACCCAUCAUUCAGGAAAUAGUUCUCAUAUAGCUGUUGAGCCAAGUAGGGAAUUCACGGUGGAAGGUCAGAGGAGAGAUAAUCAUACAAUAUUUUUAAAAUUGCGAAUUGCAGAUUCCUCAGGUAAUAUUCGCAAUAUCCACUUUCCUUUUGAUAUUGAAGCAGACACAUCAAUCUCUGUUGCUAGUGAAAUGGUUGAGGAGUUGGAACUCACUGAUCAAGAUGUUACAACUAUUGCUAGGAUGAUUGAUUCUGAAAUUCGAUAUCACAUUCCUAGUUGGAAUUUCAGUGAAACUCCUCUUGACAUUAACCAUCAAGAUUCAAGCUGUACCUCUGAAACUAGGCCAGAGACCUCUCCUAUGAAAAAUGAUUCCAUUGCUUCUCCUGGCAGUCUUGCAUUAGAAAUAUUACCUUCAGGUCGUAGGUACUGGUCAGAUUCACCAAGGGGAGUUGGAGGAAACUCUCCAUCUCAACAUUUUACUUCAAUCUUGUCUAAUGAAACAGGUGUGAAUGCUGAGGAAGGCAACCUGAUUACAAAUGGUGAUAUUUCAGCUAAUGAUUGUGUUGAUGGUACUGCUGAGCGGGAAUGUGAUGAGAUUGCUGAUUCCCCUUCCAGUGAGAUAAGUAUUACAUCGGGAGCAACUAGUGAAAAAUCUUCUCAGAAAGAAAUAUCUCGAAGUCUAAAAGAUUCUGAAACGGAAUACAUCAAUCAAAUAACAACUAAAUUGGAGAAUUUGUUGGUUAAACAAAGAGAGGAGUUAGAUGAACUAAAGAGGAAGCACAAAUUAGCUGUCUCAGAUCUUUUGAUGGAAAUUCCUCCAGAAAUGUGCCAGAAGGUCCUAAACGUAUGCAACCUGCAGAUGCCUGACGGUGAAAUGGCGAUGCUUGUCCUUCAUUAAUCUAAAUGACCCUUUGUGUGGUUUAUGGUAGUAGUUCACUUAGAAAGCUCAUCUUAGGAGUGAAAUUUAGAAGUUGUGAUCUUGCUUGUUGCUCGGAACUUGUGCACUGUUGAUAUUUUGGGUUUCAUAAUUCAUGCAUGAGAGGGUAAUUUUUUAAUGGCACGAGGUUCUUGGUAUAUAUGUUGUCAAGAGGAAUUGCAGGUGGGUUAACUGAGAACUGGGGAGUCAUAGUCAUCUUUGUAGGAGAAAUCUCAUUGAGGGACGACUUAAUGUCCUAAGAACUUGGAGGACUUAUGCUAUUUCUGCAUUUACCCAAAAAACAUGGGGUUGAAAUGAGAAAUUAGCUUUGAGAGGUCGCAAGACUGGAUUAUAUGGAUUUCAUUUCACAUCUGUAAAUAGUACAAUUCAUUAAACUAUAGAAAAGUAUACAUUGUACAUAUGUAACUACUUGCUGUUGUUUCAGUUAACAGGAAGGUCUUCCCAUCUAGUAUUACAGGAAGGUCUUCUUCCCAUUUGGUAUUUCUGGGCUUGGAGGUCAACUACUGGAAAUUUAAAAUUUAUUCCCCUGGAUUAUAAUUUUAGUAUUACUGACUUGUGUUUGGGCAGUAUUUGUAAA